AUGCGCACUGCCUCUGGUGCGGGCCGGUUGGGUGCUUCCCGCGGUCGGUCGCUCCUUCAGGGGGAGUUGCCCCUCACGGCUCGGCGCUCGCCCCGCCCAGACGCCUUUCUACAUAUUAUCUCCUCUACCCAUGGACAGAUUCGUGGUUAAACGUUCUGCUGAGGAGCCUAGGGGCGAUGGCAAGAGGCCCCGGCUGGAGGAGGCGGCGGGCGGCCUGCCCCAUCCCUCGCAGCCCUGUCAGGAGAUCCGCGCCCAUGGCCUGAGCCUCGAGUACCGCCUCCUCUUCGGCCGGGCCGAGGCUGACGCGAUCUUCCAGCAGCUGGAAAAGGAGGUGGAGUACUUCGAAGGUGAACAGUCGAAAUUGCAUGUGUUUGGCAAGUGGCACAACAUCCCCAGGAAGCAGGUGACCUACGGAGACCCCGAGAUAACAUACACUUACUCGGGUGUCACCUUUUCUCCUAAGCCAUGGAUCCCAGUUCUCAACCACAUCAGAGACCGCCUUGCUUUGGACACGGGACAUACUUUUAAUUUUGUUGUUAUUAACAGAUACAAAGACGGUGAGGACCACAUAGGUGAACACAGAGAUGAUGAGAAGGAGCUGGUUCCACGCAGCCCUAUUGCAUCAGUGACCUUUGGAGCCUGCAGAGACUUUGUUUUCAGGCACUGUGAUUCCAGAGGGAAGAAUGCAACGCGGCACAUUAAGCCCAUCAGACUGCAGCUAGCCCAUGGCAGCCUGCUGAUGAUGAAAUACCCCACUAACGUGUACUGGUACCACAGCGUGCCCAUCCGCAGGAGAGUGCUUGCUCCAAGAAUCAACCUGACGUUUCGGAAAAUGAUAGCUGUUGACAAAAAGGAAUCCAUUCUGACUACCUGAAAGCCAUUGCCAUCCGUGCUCCAUCCUACUGAAAUGAGGAAAGAGUGUCCAAAGCCUCCACCAGGUCUUGGGGAAUCAAGCAAUGGCCUCAACUCCAAACUUUGGUGCUGUACCCUUGAGUGAACGCGCUCAUAGAACAGCAAGUAAGCGCUAGAGGAAAGGACUUCCUGCAGGCUAGCUUUGCGAACCGUAUCGUCUGAAAUCCAUAGCCACUGAUUGCUGACAGAGAGCGGGUUCUUCGAAGAAGGCGGAGAGCGGCGGCUUUGUCUCUUCGGAGCUCUUCUGAUUCAGAUCGUUCUGACUUGAUUUAUGAACAGGAAUGUGAUAUUUGUAGAUGUCCAUGAUGAGGAACUCAUUGAACUGUACAUGUUCGUGACGUUUCAGAGGAGUCCCUUGGUUUGACCAGCUCAGUCUUUGCAGAUGGAUACACAAACACUGAGGGAGCUUCAGCCGAGUUGCAUACAAAAGGGAAGUCAAAAUAAAAUGACAUUUUAAGUAAAGAGAAACAGCUGUGAAAGCAUUCUAAUGGAACUAAAUGGAUAUCUUCACAUCCUUACUCAGGAUAACAGGACUGCAACUUAAUUUGCCUUUGCAUGGGCAAUCACAAUACUGCGCGCUGAAUGAAUAGCUAGUCCUAAAACGCUACCCACGAAUCCAGGCAGGCUCCCAAGUACACGUGGAAACUUCUGAUAAUGAAACAACACUGGUAAAGAAGUCACCUCCAGUGAAUGCACGUCAAACAAAUGUGUGACACGUGGCUGACGAUCCCGUUCAUCUUCCAGUGAAGAGGUAAGGACAUGAAAUAGUUCAUGAGCAUCCUAUUAAACAGAGGCAUAAGAGUCAGGGGAAGCAAAAGAAACAAACCAAAAAAACAUCCAAAUUUGCACCAGGAGUACUGAUACUCAUAUGGCUACAUCACUGCAAUAGGAAAUCAAAGGGAAAAUCACUGCUUAGAGCCUGUCUUACAUAUUAAUAGUAAGCAAUUGUGCAUCCAAUUCAAUUUUAGUAAGAAGUAUUCUCUGUAAAGCUGAAUUUCAUAAAUGCACACAUUAUUAAAAAUAUUCUGGGCCGGAUAAAUUUAAAAGGUGUUAAAAUCAUUGAAGAAAUAAAACGAAUGCACAAA